AUGCCAGUGGGAGUCUCGGUGAUACUGUUGCUGGCUGGGCUGGCGAGGCGGCCGGAAGGAGGAAGUGCGGUGCUGGGGAUGAUGGCAAGUGUAGGGGCAUGCGCCGCCAUGUCGAGAGACGUCAGGAAGGUGAAGUGGAAGACAGUUGUCAUAGGACUGUCCUUACAAGUCAUCUUCGCUUUCAUCAACUUGCGGACUGAGGCUGGGAAGUCUUUCUUUGCAAGUUUGGGGAGAGGAGUAGAGGAGUUCUUGUCGUUCAGCUACGUCGGGUCGGACUUUGUUUUCUCCCAGCAGCUGUCAACACAAGCUUUCAUUGGGUUCCGAGUACUCCCUGCGAUCGUCUUCUUCAGCAGCUUCUCGUGCAUCCUGUUCUAUCUCGGGUGGUUGCAGGUUGUCGUCCAUGUUCUGGGAGGUUUCAUGCAGAAGAUGAUGGGAACAUCUCAUCUGGAGAGCGUCUGUGCUGCAAGCAACAUCUUCCUAGGACAGACUGAAGCGCCGCUGCUGAUCGCACCAUACCUUCCAUGCGCAAAAGAUUCUGAGCUUCACUCCAUUAUGACCUCGGGGUUCUCGACGCUGGCGGGAGGAGUUCUUGCGGCAUACAUCUCCAUCGGGAUCUCAUCGGUUCAUCUCAUCAGUGCAAGCGUGAUGAGUGCUCCUGCAGCAUUGGCUUUCUCCAAGAUCGCGUAUCCAUCGGAUGUCAAUGAAGAGAAGACUGCAGUAGAAGAAGUCGAAGAUGCGUUGGGGAAGACAAGUGACAGCGACCUUGAAGGGAUUGGAAAGGACAACGGGAGAAGUUUAGAGGAGAAAGAUGUUGAGAUUGGAGCAAACACCAUAGAGGAGGAUGAAGAGCCUUUCAUGAGAUCGAGCGAAGAGGAGAAAUGUCAACCGCAGGAACAAGACAACCUGCUGUCUGCAGCAGCGACGGGGGUCAUGAGGGGAGUGCACGUUGCUGCUGUUGUGGGCGGAAUGCUGAUCGCGUUUCUGGGGCUCGAAGCGGCGAUGGACUCGUUCAUCUCGUGGUGGUUCAGUCUGAUUGGAAUUGAGAACGUCGAUCUGAAAAAGCUCUUCGGCAUUCUCUUCUGGCUGCCGUCUUGGCUCAUCGGCAUCCCCGCGAGGUUGUUUGACAAGUUUGACAAGUUUGCACCUUCUUGA